ACCGCCUCCCUUUACCUUCUACUCUCUUUUGACAGUCUCACCCGACUGUCUCCACUCUCCAAUACACCCACACACACACACACAUUAAUCUCCAUUCUCAUCUUCAUAUCUGUAACAAUGGCGUUCAGGGCUGUCAUCUGGUUCCUCGCCGUUUCCUUUGUUAUUCCCUCAUGUUUGCAUCUGACCUGUGCCAAGAAAACUUACAUCGUGCACAUGAAGCAUCACCAGAAGCCCGCAUCCUAUGCUACCCACAGCGAUUGGUACACUGACCACUUACAGUCGCUCACUUCCGGCGCCGGGGACUCCCUUCUUUACACCUACGACGUGGCCUACCAUGGCUACGCCGCCGCCCUCAUCCCGGAGGAAGUCGAGUCCCUUCGUCAAUCGGAGUCGGUGGUUGGAGUGUAUGAGGACACAAUCUACAGUCUCCAUACCACCCGCACUCCGGAGUUUUUGGGACUUGACAGUGGGCUCGGUCCGUGGGCGGGGCACAGCCUGCAGGAACUCAAUCAGGCCUCUCAAGACGUGAUAAUUGGCGUUUUGGACACCGGGGUCUGGCCCGAAUCUAAGUCCUUCAUCGAUGCUGACAUGCCUGAUGUGCCGGCGCGGUGGCGGGGCGAGUGUGAAGCCGCCCAUGAUUUUAAUCCCAAAAUCCACUGCAACAAGAAGUUAAUAGGUGCCCGAUUCUUCUCCAGAGGGUAUAGCGUGGCAUCUGGGGAGAAGGAGGCACAUUCCCCCCGCGACACAGAUGGCCAUGGAACCCAUACGGCGAGCACCGCCGCCGGCUCCCAAGUGGUGAACGCCAGCCUCUUAGGCUACGCCAGAGGAACUGCCCGUGGAAUGGCAACUCACGCCCGAUUGGCAACUUACAGAGUUUGCUGGAAAACUGGUUGUCUUGGGUCCGACAUACUUGCUGCAAUGGAGCGUGCGAUUCUGGAUGGAGUUGACGUUCUGUCAAUGUCUUUAGGCGGUGGAUCUGCUCCUUAUUUCCGUGAUACCAUCGCGAUUGGAGCUUUUGCAGCAAUGGAGAAAGGUAUUUUAGUUUCAUGUUCGGCAGGAAAUAGUGGGCCUACUAAAGAAUCACUCGCAAAUGUUGCGCCAUGGAUUAUGACUGUUGGUGCUGGCACAAUAGACAGGGAUUUCCCUGCUUUCGCCAUUUUAGGCAACGGCAAGAAAUACACUGGAGUUUCACUGUAUAGUGGAAAAGGCAUUGGGAGGAGGAUGGUGGAAUUAGUGUACAACAAAGGUAGCAAUAGUUCUAGCAAUAUGUGCUUAGCCGGGUCUCUGGAUCCCGCCACCGUGCGUGGAAAGGUGGUGGUAUGUGAUAGAGGGAUUAGUCCGAGGGUUGAGAAAGGUGCGGUGGUGAGGGAGGCGGGCGGUGUUGGGAUGAUUCUGGCCAAUACGGCGGCCAGCGGGGAGGAGCUGGUAGCUGACAGCCACCUCUUGCCGGCUGUGGCGGUGGGGAGGAAAGCGGGUGAUAUGAUAAGGCAGUACGUGAAGACGGCUAAGAACCCGACGGUUAUGAUGGGCUUUGCUGGGACGGUGGUGAAUGUAAAGCCGUCGCCGGUCGUGGCGGCGUUCAGCUCAAGGGGGCCCAAUAUGGUGACGCCGCAGAUUCUGAAGCCGGACGUAAUCGGGCCGGGCGUGAAUAUCUUGGCCGCAUGGUCACGGGCUCUGGGGCCCAGUGGUCUUGAUAAGGACACCAGGAAGACUCAGUUCAACAUCAUGUCUGGUACAUCGAUGUCUUGCCCUCACAUAAGCGGUUUAGCAGCUCUGCUGAAAGCAGCCCAUCCGAAUUGGAGCCCAAGCGCCAUUAAAUCAGCAUUGAUGACCACGGCAUACACACUAGACAACGCCAACUCCCCGCUCCGUGAUGCUGCCGAUUACUCACUCUCUACUCCGUGGGCUCAUGGAGCCGGCCAUGUCAAUCCCCACAAGGCCCUAUCUCCGGGGCUUGUGUAUGACGCCACACCAGAAGAUUAUGUUGCUUUCCUUUGCUCGUUGCGAUAUACUGUUGAGAUGAUACAGGCUAUUGCUAAACGCCCAAAUAUCACUUGUGCUCGAAAGUUCCGUGACCCUGGCCAGCUCAACUAUCCUUCCUUCUCCGUGCUGUUCGGCAAGUCUAGAAUCGUAAAGUACUCCCGAGAAUUAACCAACGUGGGAGCUGCAGGGUCUGUUUACCUUGUCUCCGUUGAGGCACCCCCAACUGUGGCUGUGAGCGUGAAGCCCUCAAAACUCGUGUUCAAGAACGUAGGAGAUAAGCAACGGUAUACAGUUACGUUCACGUCCAAGAAGAGUGUUAAUCCAGUGUCUCAUGCAUUUGGUUCAAUUACUUGGAAGAAUGCACAAGAUCAAGUGAAGAGCCCGGUUGCCUUCUCAUGGACGCAGCUGUGAGAUGUUGACAUUAUGGGCUCCAGUCACUACAGGAAAUCUCGGACAAGGGGGUUUGGAACAACUAAUUAUGGGAAAGUAGAGGAUACUAUGUUCCUCAAAAGUCGGUUUUCGCGCG